AUGGAAGGUCGGAGCCCCGACGAUGGUCUGCUCUUCAUGAGUGAAGAAGACUUCGUCUUAGGCUUUGCAAGCGAUGACCUGGAUAGCUUGCUAUGGAAUGCUCCAUAUGGUACGAAUGACGCAGCGUUUGCCGACGUACACCAGGAAACAACAUUUUCAGAUACAGUCGACUCAAUCAAUCCUAACUCAUUUGACAUUUACUCCGAUCACAUCAACCCAAUUCUAAUCAACACUCAGGAGCUACCAGCUCUAGAUACUACUUAUUUUGAUAUCUUACUUAUGAACUGGGACUUCAUGGCGAUGCCCACCGAUCCCAUCACUACUACCCAUGCUGGUUCGAUAACGACCACAGAGCAAUCCAAUUGCUCCACUACUUACACAAUCUCUUCCUCACCAAUGACUGAAAGUAGUCCAAUAGGACUGUCACAGUCGCAAGUAUCCGACCCUUUAUCGACAAAAGAUGCCGAGAACGCAUCAAGUACAAUAGCCAGAAGACGAAGAACGAAGAUGGAACCAGGCACUAGACCUUGUGACUUGAAAAGACAAAAGCGAAGAGAAGAUAAGCCUGAGAAGUGUCACAUCUGCGGAAAGGGGCACCCGUGGAAGCGUGAUCUGGAGAGGCACUAUUGGAGUAACCACCCAGAUGAGGCAGCCAAGAUGGGCCUUAGUCGAAGUAAGCCUAUAUCCACGCCCGAUGACAAAAAGAGAAAGGAAACGCACGGAAUCGAUACGCUCGUAUCACCCUGUAUGACUAUGUCUUCCAGUGAAGACAUUCUUUCUGUCGUGUCGCUCGACGACGAGCCUCUUCAACGAGCGCCCGAAGGCUACUACGUCGCGAACGAGUGUCCGAAUGAAGCGGAGCAGUUCACUUUCACUUGUCCCUACAUUCACUGCGAUGGCUGGAUCUUUGUCUCUGCCGAAGACUUUGCUGCUCAGCCUGCACUCCAGCGACAUUUCAAGGCAAGCAAGCAUGAUAUCCGGUGGUUGUGUGAAGAUGAAGACUGCGAGAUGGUAGGAGAAGCUUUUGAGACAAAUACACUCUUUCGCGAGCAUGUUCCAAACUCAAGCGGUCACAAGUACUGGCUUGCGGAUGACACUGCAGAUGAUAACGACUCGGUGUUCACACCAUCUCUCAACUCUAGUCAUCAGACCGCAGAAGAUGAUGUUUUUGGGCCUUUCGCGUCAGAUGGAAAUAUCUGUAACGAACCCUGCUGCCGGCACUACGGUACAGAUUACAAGUGCAAGUCUGAGUUCAACCGCCACGCAGACACAGGCGCUCAUCGAACUGCCGCGAAUCUGAGCAAGGUCUUGCUCUCGAGAAUUCCUACUGCCUCUGCACUCCAGGCCGAGCAGGAAGGCCUUCGAUCCUUCCGAUGCACUUCUCGCAGCUGCCACCGACACGGGGAAGUCUUUAGUACAGCAAAGGCUUUCUUCAACCACCUGAAAGACGACGAACAUCGCGACGGAUGGUAUGUCAAAUUCGACGACGAUGACCUCGAUUACAGUAGCGAUAGAGAUGUCUUGCCUGGAAUUCAGUUUUAUGCUGGUGGCAAAAAAGGCAGAUGUGUCAACGAGAAAUGUCCCCGGUUUCGUUUCCAGUUUGACUCUUAUGGCGCUAUGAAGCAGCACAGCAGAUCGCUCGGUCACGUCCGGGCGGAAGAAGACUUGGGGUUGACAGACGCGGACGAAUCAGGCGAAGAAGUCUGGAAGAAGAGCGCGGUGCAUGGCAUGGAGGUUGCGGAGGAUGGAUUACUCUGGAAGUGCACCAAACAAGGCUGCAAGAAGUUCAACGUUGUCAUCAAAGGGCUUGGAAAUGCCAAGAGUCACUACAACUCUGAUACUCACCUCAUGGCCGCGGAGGAGAUCGCCACUUCAUCUGAUGAAUCCGUCGAACAUAUCGAAGGCAUGGAGUCCUUGAAAGACGGUGAUGGCUGGAGGUGCCUCAAGCGCGGUUGCCGAAAAUUCAACAAAUUAUUCCUGUAUCUGGGCAAUGCCAAAAAGCACGCCAGCGGUGACAGUCAUGCCUUGGCUGAGGAGCCCGAUUCUGCAAAUGAGAACCUCGACGGGCUGGAUUACUCGAUGGAGGAAGGUGUCUGGACUUGUGUUAAACCUGGCUGCAAACGAAUGAACGCUAUAUAUCAGCAUCUCGCCAGCGCCCGAAAACAUGCCAAUGCGAACUUCCAUGCUCUGGCUGAGGAGCCCGCAGAGGAAAUCCUGGAAGAUAUCGAGGGCAUGGUGGUUUUGGAUGGAGAGAGUGCUUAUAUGUGCAUCAAGUUCGGCUGCAAAGGCUCAGGCAAAACCUACUCCAACGUCCGCUCUGCCAAGCUGCACGCGAACGCUAGACCUCACAUGAAAGCUGGCGAUAUUUCAGCUUUCAUGCCUAAUCAGUUCAACAUGGACUUGUUCGCAACCCCGACGCGAACUCCGAGGAACCUACUGCUCACACCCAUGGAGACAGAGGAACCGACCAUUGUUGUCACCCCAGCGAGCCCUUCUGCUGGUCGUGGAACCAACCCUGCGGGACAUCCAGCUGGCGCCCGAAACGGUACCUCUGCUCGGACUACGAAGAUGAUUCGACUAGGAAGGUCUUCGGUGACCACAGCCGGGAGUAGUAAGCAUGAAGUGCUAGAGAGGAAGAACCGAGAGUUGGAAAGUCGUGUUGCCAAGCUGGAGAUGCAGAUGGGCCAGGUCCUCGGUUUGCAGAGUCCUCAGAUCCAGAACAAUGCGCACUAUCAGAACUCCCAGGUUCAUCAGAGUGCGCAGUUGUUUCAGCAGAUCCCUGAAGUUCCUCAGGCUCCUGGGACUACAUGCGCGCGUGUUGAAGGGUUAUCCAAGUUUGUGCGGGCAGCGUACCGUCCUAAGAUGUCGAUGCCCGUAAACGAGGAUGAACUGUGA